AUGAAUUCGUAUAUCCUCAAUAGAUCUCAAGGAUCUAUUCACCCUUUUCAAUUCCACUUUGCGCAAUGCACUCGUCUUGUCCAUGGCCUCGCCGCUGCUCCAGGCAUCCGCUUCUCCGCAGGCAAGCAGCAUAAAUCCCAGCCGGGAGCUGCGGAUAUAGCCGAAGGGACCCCCGAUAUACGCCAUUCAGAUUUUGAUUUUGAAGAUAUUUGGGCACAUAAAGCCGGAGUUAAUGUUUUGGCAAUAGAUCAAUAUGAAAAGCGGUACACUGAGAAGCUACAAGUGGCUAAGAGAAUCAACCUUAGUAUGGUUUCGGGCGGCGCAGAUACCUCUAUUCAUUUAUGGGAUUUAGAAGGCCGAGGCACGGAACUUAAUUACCUUCAUCAACCAGUUGCUUCUGUCUCAAAGUACGUUCUGCCCGGUUUCCAAACUAAACUUAUCGACUGUCACUCACGACAAUUAUAUAAAAGACAAACAAAUGCAUCAACUCAUACCCAUGCACUGACGUCUCUCUCGAUAUACCCAUUCGAUCCUACACCAUCAACCAUACUGAGUACUUCACAUGACGCUACGUUGAAACUAUCAAGCCUCGGGGAAUCGGAUAUCGUUCCGGUGCAUACAUUCAAUCUUCAUUCAACGCCGUAUUCUCAUUCGUUGUCAGCACACCAGGCAUCUCACUUACUUAUUGCAGUUGGUACAUCAGAGAAUGCUAUACGGCUAUUAGAUCUUCGUUCAGGGUUAUCAACCCACGCCCUCCCAGCCCAUACUGGAGCUGUUAUUUCCGUCCAAUGGGCACCGCAUAACCCUCAUUUAAUUGCCUCAGGCUCGAAAGACAACCGAGUCAUCAUUUUUGAUGUCAGAAGGGGUGGGCGUAAUUCGGCAAUCGCUUCCUUUGACAUGGACGACUCAAUGGGUAUCCUGUCGCUUGAAAGCCCCGCUAGCCAGCAAACCAGUCAGAGUGGAAAACUAUUCAGUACUAGCUCCCGCGCCCAUAACGGUACGGUAACCGGGGUUCGAUGGACAUCAAAUGGCAGUCAUUUAUUAAGUGCAGGUCAGGACUCACGCAUUCGGGUUUGGGACGCUUCCACUGGUGCGAACACCCUUAUCCAUUUUGGGCCUCGCAUAAGGAAUAGUGCUUCUCUGCACCUUGCUGAACGAGCCCCUCUUGUUCUGCCUGAAAAUAACAGUGUUGUGACCCUCUCACAAGGUCACGGAGCGGUUCUCUGGCCAAAUUAUAACGACCAAGACGACAGAGGCGAAAUCUUCAUGUUUGAAAUUCACGAUGGCACCCAAAUCAAACACCUACGCGUACCAGGAUUAAUAUCCAGAGAAAAACCACGUGGAAGACCAACGGCUCUGAGUGCUGCGAGAAUUAACGCCCUUGCUUGGCGGGGUAACGGAGCGUCUGGUGAAGGGAUGGAGAUGUUUUCGGCUCAUGGAGAUGGUACAAUCAGAUCAUGGACCUCUCGAACAGAAGAAGACGAAGAGUUUGAAGCAGAGGCUGUAAACAAUGAGCAAGAAGAGAAGAAGAGGAAAAGGGAUAUACUUGAUGAAGUAUACCGUGGUCUUAUGCAACCGGGUGUCACCUUCACCUAA